CCCUCUGGCCACACCCCUCUCUCCUGUUUGUCCCUUUUCUCUCCAUUCCUCUGUGUGUGUUGCUCGGUGAGGAUGGGUGCAGCCUUCAAGAGGUUCUGCGCUCGAUUCUGCUGUUGCUGCUGCAUCAGUGAUGAGGAUGAGGAUGAGAAGACACCGAUAUUCAGUAAUGAGACGUUGGAGUAUUUUGACCGUGAGGCUAAGAAGAGACGAGAUCAGGAGACAAAUCUGUGGAGUGAACCUGGAGAUCCGUCACACUCAGAGAGAGAUGACGACCGAAUACUGUACAACCUCCUACAGACCCGAGCACAAACACACAGGGGUUCACAGGGGUACAGGAGGCUGAGUGUGGACAUCGAGGCGAUGAGAGAUAUGAGGAGGGAAGUGAGAGACAAGUGGAAGAUGAUUCUGGAGAAUCUGGGCUUCAUGCAGGAGGCAGAGUCUCUGCUGACGGUAAAUACGAGUGCGUCGUAUGACAGGAUGAAGAACGCAGCGACGGCUCGGAGCCUGUUACAGACUCUUCACUCUGAGACGUCCAUUUUCAACAGCAAGGAGGCUCCACCUGAGAGAUACCUGUUCAUCCUGGACCGCUUAAUUUAUCUGGAUGCUGCAGAAGACUUCGUAGCGAAAGCUCGCCGUUUUUAUCCUCCCAGAGAUGAAGAUGAAGAUGAUGAGGAGGAGGAAACGGCCAUAAACAUGUCCAUGCUGCUGUCACGCUUUAAUCAGCGUCUAAAUGCAGGAGAAAAUGAUGAUGAUGAUGAUGAUGAAGGAGACAUAAGUGGACAGGAGGAUUAACUUCUUACUACACACACCUCUACACACACUACACAUACUAUACACACACCUUUACACACAC